CGCUCUUCAAAUAAAAACCAAAAAAAGUCACUCAAACAAAAUUCCGAAGUUUGUGUAGAAACCACUAUUUUAACACAAAAUCGAGACGUUUAUGUUGUUAUAGAGUGAAAACAUAAUGACAGUGCCCUGACGAUUGAAUGAAAUACCCUUUUUUGCUUUUAUUACACAAGUCAAGGAAAAAUUAAAUGCGAAAUUAGCAGAAUACUAAUCCAAUUUUAACACGCAGGUUCCUGAUUUCGAAGAAUAUUGUCAAAGACUGAAAGUGUAAACAACAGACAAAAUACCUUUUAUAGGAAAUUAUUCAGACUUAUUAUAUUAUAGUUAAACAGCAGUUAAACAAUUUUGAUAUAACACAUACUGAAAAUUGACUUAUUCUGAAUUUGUUAACUGUAAUGAUUCCUUGCUUUGGUCAGAUUUAUCUUUGGAUCAAUUUCGCUGGACAAAGGGAAUUUCCCAGGUGACUGACUCAUCAAACCAAUCAUCAAUAAUUACUGUAUAAAUUUCAGUUUUCUUUCAAUUCAAAGUUCAGAAUCAUUUAGCUCACAAGAGAAAAAUAAUAGUGACAUUAUACAACAGUGCUGGAUGUCUUGAAUGGAAAAUAAUUCAAAUGAUAUUUUUGAUGUGGACAUUUCUGUAACGUCUAAUUAAGUAACAAUGACAAUAUGGCUCAAGCAGUCCUAGCACUGGAACAGUUUGAAUACAUACGUAACAUUGGAAAGGGAAGUUACGGUGAAGUAACCUUAGCAAGACACAAACGAGACAGAAAACAGUAUGUCCUCAAGAAAAUCAACCUCAAGAAGGCAUCAAGCAGGGAAAGGCGAUCAGCAGAGCAGGAAGCAAAGCUCUUGUCAAAGCUGAAACACCCUAACAUUGUGUCCUACAAAGACUCAUUUGAGAAGGAUGGGUUGCUCUACAUUGCCAUGCAGUUUUGCGAGGGUGGUGACUUGUAUAACAAACUCAAAGAGCAGCGGGGCACGUUGCUGGAUGAGAGGCAACUUGUGGAGUGGUUUGUGCAGAUUGCCAUGGCAUUGCAGUACAUGCAUGAAAGAAACAUUUUACACAGAGAUUUAAAAACACAGAAUAUAUUUUUAACAAAGAGUAAAAUCAUCAAAGUUGGUGACCUUGGAAUUGCUAGAGUUUUAGACAAUUCCUCUGAUAUGGCCACAACGUUGAUAGGCACACCAUACUACAUGAGCCCCGAGCUGUUCUCCAACAAACCAUACAACCACAAGUCAGAUGUUUGGGCUCUGGGUUGCUGUGUGUAUGAGAUGAUGACAUUGAAACAUGCAUUUAACGCCAAAGACAUGAAUUCUCUAGUCUAUAAAAUUCUCAGGGGAAAGAUGCCCCCAAUGCCCCGUCAGUACGGUAAGGAUCUAGUGGACCUGGUCCGAAACAUGCUGCACCAAGACCCAUCCAAACGACCCACUGUCAACAGAAUCCUCAGGGACCCUUACAUCAAGAAAAACAUCGCAAUCUUCCUUGAAGAAACAAAACAAAGCCGUCGCCCAGCAAGUGGCCGCCCAUCAAGUCGACCUCAAUCUGCCAAGUCUACUGCCUCCCAGUCUGAGCCAGACACAGCCCGGUCUCGUGUUUCAAUUAUGUCAAAUGAUUCUGAGAGUUCCUAUGACACACCAGACAGUGUGCGAUCAGCUGUGGAAAGUGACCGGUCGGUGGUUAGUGCAUCACAGGUGGACAUGGCAGCAGGUGGGGAGCCUGACAGACAUCAGCACAGGAUGCCAUCAAAUCUAGAACCAAUCAUCGAAGGUCAGGUGGCUGGAACAAAAGAUGAAUCCGACCAAGACACUAUAAAACAGAGCACUGUGAAGGCUAAUAAACCUAAGCCUGAACACAAAGACUCUAAUGAGCAUAAAGAGAACAUUGAGCAUAAAGACUCCAAAGAGCCAAAAAGUAAAAGUGACAAAACCUCAGCAGCAUCAAAAUCAGAAAAACAGCAUCCCACCAAGUCUCAUUCUCCUCCCAGAGAGCGACGAAGAAAAAAGAAGCAAGACUUCCUUAAAAAACCAAAGCCUGUAGACAAUCCAAGACCCCUCCCGCUCCCCCCGAAACAGGACAGUGAGGGACUUCCUCAGCGUAGAAAUAACUACAACGAGAUGGCAGGGGGCGACUCAAAGUCUUCAUCUUCAUCAGGGUCUAAAGACGAUGCCUCAUUAGGGGAUGAAACUCCCAGGAGCCUGCCCAAUAUGUCAGCUAGAGAGAAGAGAAGACAAAGAGAUAAUGCUCAAUCAUACGACCGUCCACAGUCAGCCCGUAUUGUUCUUGUGCCACCAGAGAGUUCAAAAUCCACUGUGAUCACUGACAGGGAUAGAAAAAGGUACGAGCAACAGGCUGGCCCAGUUCGACACCGACAACCAUCAAUAGCGAAUGACAGCAGCUCCUCAGACGAAGAUACACUCAAAGAGUCAGAUGCACAGAGGCAGAGGAGUAAAAUACAACAAAGGCAGCAUCCCUCACUAACCAAUGGUGACUCCUCCACUGCUAAACACAAAAAGCACCACCAGUCUAGGGAGAACAGGGACAUGGACCAGUUCAUUUCGGUCCUUGACAACACUCUACAACUUAAUAAUCAAGACGAUGAAGAGGAAUUGACGGAGGUCAAGGUCCCUCAAGAUGAAACACCUCGCAUUCCCAAGAGCUCAUCAAUGCCAAGUGUGGACACCCUCUGCAAUGCAGACAGAUUAAUGGCCAGAAUAAAUCUUCUGCAUCAGGACUGUAUCAAGGGGGUCGGGUGGCCAAUACUCAAGAAUGCUUAUGAGAUUCUAGGAAGGAUUGAGGAGGAUGAAGUAGAGCCGAAGCUGGUGUCCUUGAUGGGAAAGGAGAAGUUUGACCUCUAUGCAGGGAAGAUAUGGCAGCUCAAGUUCUGUGAAGAUAUGGCGCGCAUAGGCAUACCGUCCUAGCCAUCAGUAACGUUUUACUGACAAAACACUUCCAAAGGUGUGGGCAUUAGGCAGCUGGCUGGUUGGGUCAAGCAUUGAGCAAUAAAGGAUAUCUUUGUUAGCUUGGUAUUAGAUAAUCUGAGAGGAUGAUUAUACCUUGAGCACUAUAGAAUUUCAGGCUACUAUUCAUCAACAAUUUUAUGGCAUUAUAGUGAGGGCUUAUUUAAUAUCAUUCUGUGCAAGGUGUACACCAACCACAUUAACUGAUAAACAUAUAUAAUUGACUGAAUACCUUAACAGAUGCAGUAACACACAGUGGCUUUAAGUGGAUACAUAUUAGUUUACUAUUUCUACCAUGAUUUUGUGACCAGUUUGAAACAUACACACAGGUACACUCAUUUAAAAUGUUUCAUGUAGGGUAAUAACUUUCACUCAAGGUUAUUUGUGAACAGUUCCAGUUUCAUGUGCCAGUAAUGAGUUCUACAAGUAAAUGUAUCUCUGUGGUCUUGUAUCGUCGGUAAAAUAUCAAACCAUAAUGUCCCGAGUCACAGUAUACUUGGUUCAAAUUGAGUCUGUUUCAAUAUAGGUUUUAAGUAAUCACUAAAAUAAUUUGUAGGACAUAAAUGGCAACAUUUACAUCGCAAUCCAUUAAUUUUUUAUGCUCUCUGCUUGUAGCUUAACUGUCAAUGUUUUGGGUUAAUUUUACACAAAUACACAGCAAAUAUGAACAAAACUAUCAAACUUGGAAUUUCUUGAUGACAUCUAAAAUCUUUAUUGAAACAGCCAGGUUCAUAAGACGUGUGUCAUGUCUUUAUUUAUUGUUAAUUACAGAUGAGUUUGUGUGUAAAUAAUGCAAAUUGAAUAUUGGCAGUGUUCUAAAUUGCCAUGUCAAUGAAUUCAGCAUAGAUCAAUUUUUUAUUAUGAUUCGUUGAUGAUAGAUAAUUGAAUGUUUUAAAUAAAAAUCAUAAAAUAAUGGGCAGCUUAUUCAAAACUUUGUUAACGAUAAUGACGUUGUUAACAUCAUCGUUUAUUUUCAAAUCACAGUGACUCUGGAAGCUUAAUGGAUAUACGAGGGGUACUUGUGAUCUACUGUAGUUCUCAUAAGGUUUGAGUCAACUGUUUCAGCUAUACUUGCUUAUUUUUUUAUAUGAGCACAUUAUCAAACAUUAUUCAUUUAUAAAAUGUUGUUAAUCAUGUUGUUAACUUUAACAAAGUUCUGAAUAAAAGGCCCAAUUUUGUUUAAAAGGUGUACAUCUUUUGUCCUCAAAGAUUUUUAUGAAAUUCAGUUGAUGUAAUGGGUAUAUAUAUAUCUAUUCCAUAGAAAGUGACCUUUUUGUGAUAGAUUAUUGGUUGUCAUAAUAUACACAUACAUGUGCUGUUUUCAAUUGUGAUAUUAAUACAUUCCAUUGUGUAUUGGAUGUGAUUUUCAUUUGCUGUCAUUUUUUGUCACCCUGUAUUAAUCACUUUCACAGAGUUUUAGUUCACAAAUCCAUUUCAUUAUAUCACAGAGAAGUAUAUUAAUCACACAUUUCUUGUUCAUUUUAUUUUGUUUCUCAGACAGAAUAACAUGUAUUUACAUCAAGAUUUUCAUUAAUUUUUUAUACGGUUUUAUUCAUUAGGCUUAGCUUAAGAAAUGCUGAGGUUAGGGCAACACGACCCUACCUGAUAAAAUAAGUAUUUAUUAUUUAGUACACAAUUUACCAAAAUGUCAUGGAAAGCAUUUGCAACUUGCUUUUCUGUUUUUACUGGCCGUAAAAAAACACAACUUUGUCCCUACCCUAAGUAAGUUUUUUUGAGAGUGUUGGCCUAAACUCAGAUAUUAUCUUUUUUAGGCCUUAACAGAAGUAUUUCUGUCCGAGGCAUCCAAACUUCACUUGUUUACAAUGUUUAAAGUUUUUCCAUAGAUAAAUGGAAUUAUUUUCCAACAUCGAAUUUUGUAAAUACCUUAUUCACGACUUAUAUGUUCAAACUAGAAAUAGAAAAAUACUGUUUAGCUUCUCAACCUAGUUCCAUUUUAAAUAAAUAUUUACAUAGUUUUGUCUCAUUUUAAUGAUAAAUAGUGCCAAGCUUACUCCAUGACUGCAUCUUAAAAUAUAACUUAAUGAAAAAAUUAGACAAAAAAAAACACAAUCAAAUAACACAUCCCAUUAAAUGAGUAUGCUGUCUUUAGAUUGACCCUUAUUACUAAUUUAUAACUCUAAUUUCUAUUUUCUUAUGAUGUAAAUAUAAACACAGGUUUAUCAUAAUCUUUCUUUACAUGUAUUGUUUCUGAGUAAAACCACAUAGAUAUAUAUAGACUGUCUAUAUAAUAUAUAUAAGAUUAUUUUUUUUCGAGAGAAACCCCUGUGAGUAAAACACCCAUAGCGACAGUAAAGGAGAAUAGGGAAGUUAUGCAGUACAUGUUGUUAAAAGAUUCCGUCCAAAGGAAGGCAGGCUUGUUAUUGGGACCAAAAAUAAUUAGUGACAUGAUUUUAUGUAAUACUGUAUGGAGAAAUGUCUUUUAAUAUGAGUAUAGGGUUUUUCACCAAAAAGUAAAUGAAAGAUAAAGGGUUAAUUGAAAAUUUUACAUUUCAAUUUAAACAUGGUAUUAUUUUUACUUUGAAGGCGCACAAUAAAGGUGGAUGCAAAACAAGUUUUUAAUUGUAAUGCAUUAUUGUGUUUAACUCAAUUGACUUGACUUUAAACAAAAAAUGCAUAUGAUUAAGGUAAAGAUUAAAAAAUAUUAGCAAUAUUUUCGCAUCUACCUUUGACAAAGGUCCUUUGUUGUGAUCUAUAAUGUGGAAACACAGACAAUUUCAAUUUAGUUAGCAGAGAAUUUUUGUUUUGACAUCUGUUCUUUUACUGCCUUUUCUAAAGUUGCAAAUAUGUCUCAAAAACAUCCAUUUAUGCUUUGAUUACAUUGUUCUAUUUACUGAUGUUCAUAUUUCACCUAGAGUCAAUAAUGUAUAUCAGCAUUUCAAUGAGGAUGGAUAUCACAUUUUAAUGUUCUAAUUUAUAGUAUGUAGAAAAUCUGAAAUAAAGAAACCCUUUUCCACUGA